GCGGACAAAAGAUUAGGUGGUGGCUCGCCCCGCCCGCCCGUCGGGCCCGCCCCCCGCGCCCUCCCGGGCCGCCCUGACCGCCGUCUCUCAGUCUCCGCCCGCCGCCGGCGCUCCGCGGGAGCUCGCCCUUCGCGCGCUCUGCACACACAGGCUCCCUUCAGCCGCCGCCGACGUCCGGCUGAGCCCGCGCUCCAGAGCCGCUGCCGCCGGGACAUGGUUCUCUGCAUUCAGGGAUCUCAUCAUUUGCUGGCGGUAGAGUGGAUUGGGCAGCGGUCUCUACGGGCCCAGUCCCUGGAGCUGCCCAAGCCAGCCAUGCAACCCUUGCCUGCUGGGGCCUUCUUGGAAGAGGUAGCAGAGGAGACACCAGCCCAGCUGGAGAGUGAGCAGCCCAAGGUGCUGGACCCCGAGGAGGAUCUGCUGUGCAUUGCCAAAACCUUCUCUUACCUUCGGGAAUCUGGCUGGUAUUGGGGUUCCAUUACGGCCAGUGAGGCCCGACAACACCUGCAGAAGAUGCCAGAGGGCACGUUCCUAGUACGCGACAGCACCCACCCCAGCUACCUGUUCACGCUGUCGGUCAAGACCACCCGCGGCCCCACCAAUGUGCGCAUUGAGUAUGCCGACUCCAGCUUCCGCCUGGACUCCAAUUGCCUGUCCAGGCCGCGCAUCCUGGCCUUCCCGGACGUGGUCAGCCUUGUGCAGCACUAUGUGGCCUCCUGUGCUGCCGAUACCCGCAGCGAAAGCCCUGACCCUACCCCUCACCCAGCCCUGCCUACCCCGAAGGAAGAUGUGCCCAGUGACCCAGCACUGCCUGGCUCCAUGGCUACUGCUGUGCACCUGAAACUGGUGCAGCCCUUUGUGCGCAGAAGCAGUGCCCGCAGCCUGCAGCACCUGUGCCGCCUUGUCAUCAACCGGCUGGUGUCUGACGUGGACUGCCUCCCGCUGCCCCGGCGCAUGGCCGACUACCUCCGACAGUACCCCUUCCAGCUCUGACCAGCCUUACCCAGCCACACCCAGGAGAGGACAACAGCCCCAGCUGGACCUGGGCUCCUGCUUUCCCUCCUCCAGUCAUCCUUGUGCCUUCGUGCAUUGGCAGCUGGACUGGGAAGAGCCAGCAGGCAUGGUGGAGGUGGGGGGCGGGGUGUAGUCAUGCAACUUGGAGGUCAGCACCCCCAGCCCCCAGGUGGCUCCAUUGUGGUGAGCCAUGUCUCAGAGAAGAGGGAGACGAUGGGCAGGACUUUGUCUCACCUGGUGGGCUGGGCCCAGGCCCUUGCUCAGUUGCCUGCCCCCAUCACCUGCACUGCAUAGACUUCCCCAGCCUUGGCUCCUCAGUCUGCAGGGUAGGGCAGGCCCCCUCCUUCCAGCCAGCCUCUGUCUCAGGGAGGAUGACAGUCGGAAGAACUAAGGUUGACAACUGAGGCAGGGGUGGGCAGGCCAACCUGGAAGACCGCACACUUAUACAGUAUUUAUUUAUUUAUUCUCCUUGAGGGUGGUCUCAGGGGCAACCUGACUGCAUGUCUGCCUUGAGCCCCCUGGUGGCCUGGAGUCCCUGGCUCUGCCCUGGCCUCUCUGGUUCCUCUGCAGAGACUCAUCCUGAGACCUGCUGCUGGACCCAAGCCAGUCCUGGACGUAAGCUUCAGCUUCACCUGUGAACACCCUCUUUUGCCCCUGUCUGUCUUGGGAGGGUAGGCAAAUGGACAAAAAAAAAAAAAAAAGAAGAAGCCAAAGCCUCAGUCCCCAGCAGAACCUGUCAUUUACCCCCUCGCAGGGUAGAGCCAGGUCUGUACAGAGCUGGUCUCACCGUGGGGCAGCCCCUGCGUGGGCAUGUGUGUGCUGUGUCAGGAAAGGGCUGCUAGUUUGGGGGCUGCCACUCUGGCUCUGCUGGGUCUGCUUCCUGCCCUUCCCUGGAACCCUGGGAAGGCACCUGCAUGUGAGACAGAAAAAUACACAUCUGAUAAGAUUUUAUAAAAUAACUGUUUUAACAAAAAACCCAGUUUGAUAGUCCUUUUUUCUUCCACUAGUUUUUCUGUAAAGACAAUAAAAUUGCACCUUUUAUUUA